AUGUCGAAACAACCCGAGUUUUUGCUUCUCAAGCAACCCCUGGGCUGGGUUCCUGAGGCCCGUUGGGAUCAAGUACUAGGAUCGGUCGUCCUCAACCCUCACUCGCCCCUCGAUAACAGAACACCUGAUCACCCCCCGAUCGAGUUGAACGACAUUUCAGAGACAACAUUCACCGACUUCAUAAUAAAAAAAGAUUUUGGCACCGACGCUUCCACUACUUUCAAUGUCGAGGGACUCGGUACUCUCCACCGGCAGAUCAGCGACGCCUCUUAUCGCAAACUUCACGGAAAGUUUGUCAUUUCUAAGCGCCUUACCCAACGUCGUCUUUUCUGGGAAGCCAUGGUAGAUGCCGACCCAAACUUUGCUGAGAAGGCCGCCGACUGGGUCGGGGAGCGCCGUGGCUUUCUCAGGCUACGCUCCCGUCAUGAAGUUUGUUGGAUUGUGGGCGUGUUGAUCUGCAAGGACGUCGCUAUCGCCACUUCCAUCGAGAAGAAGAGAGAAUAUCGCGCCCGAGGCGACGUUCUCUUGGGCACAGCGGCGCAGAUAAUUGCAGCGGCACACGGUGUGCUGCUACCGACGGGUAAUAUCGGGAACGCCAGUGUCGGGGGUGGGAACAGUCAGGAAGAACACGAGUAUUUUGUAGCAAAUGGAAAGGGUGGCUUCAUAUUUGCUCUAGAGGUUGUACUAAUAGGCUCGACCAAAGGGAAGUUACAGGUUACAGACAAGGUGCCGAGGGGACAGAAGCUAGGGAGAGGGGCCUUUGAUGAUGAAGCUGUGGUGUUUCCAGAAGAUCUACAGCUACAGGAGGAGCUCAUUGAGACAGACUGGGAUGACUUGCUCGGAGAUCCCACCAUGUGA